CAACGAUCUCAAUUGAAGCGAACAUAUUUCAUUCUUAUUAACCUGGCAGUUUCUGAUCUGCUUGUGGGGAUUGCCGAACCAAUUGUGCUGGGCACAGCGAAGAUUGCUAAGAUGACGGCCAUUCCAGGUAAAGAAAAGAGUUUUACAAAUCCAUCAUCUGCAUUUCAAGUCCUUGCGUCGAGUACUUCAGUGCUUUUUCUCGCGCUUAUUUCCUUGGAACGUGUUUAUUCCGUUUUAUGGCCAGUUCAUCACCGUGCGACCAGAACUCGGUCUUACAUUUUCGUCAUAACUGUUGUCUGGGGUCUUGGAUUCUGCUUCUUUGGGCUGACUGUAUUAUCCUUAUAUCAUACAAAGUUAGAGAGGAAAUACGUUAUUCUAACCAUUCAUGCGUGCCUUUUCAUAGCACUAUUAGCGAUUUGUGGAAGUUACCUUCAAAUACGUAGGAAAUGGCGCUCAAACGUCGUUCCUGGUGAAGAGAUCCAAGCUCACCAUACAGCUGAACGCAACUUACGACUGUCAAGAACAGUUCUCAUAGUUAUCGCUGUGUCACUGGUGUUAUGGUUGCCAGCCACUAUUGUGUACACUGCCAGACCGUUUUGCCGCCCACCAUGUGUUAGACCGAUUGUAAUGGCGGUUGUAAAUGUUUUUCAUCUGGCAAAUUCUAUGGUCAAUCCGAUCGUCUACAGCUUUAGAAUGACAAUAUUCAAGGAUGCUUUGAAGAAAUUGUCGAGGAGAUGCAGACUACAUUCUGUUUGCAUCAAACCCGUUCAGGUUACUGACAGAGGCUUGGGUGGUUCUUUCCCUCCAAAAACUCAACGUACAAGACUUGAUGUACCUGAACUGGAACCCAAGGAUGACAUCUCAACACAUGUUUAUCAGAAAUAAGACCAUCAAACAAUAUUCAGUGACUAUUAGCAAACAGAGGGGGGAUUAAGCGCAUGUUAAGUACGCACAUUACAAAUGAGAGCAUGGUUUUCAGAGCAAUUACACAGUUUUGCAAAACUGAGAGUGUACUCUGUUAGUAUUUCAUUUUUGGUAUCAGGUUUCCCUUAUAAAUACAAUUUUUCAAAUCUUUUUGUUUUUUUGUUAAGCAUUUUUUACUUGCUAAUCAAGAAGACUAUUCCCUUACUAAUUUAGAGAAUUCCAAAAUUUAAAAUAGUGUACUUCUCUCAAUCAUAUCAAUAUUUUCGUAAAUAAAAUAUCAGAAUUCAGAAUUUUUAUUUAUUACACUAUUUCAAUAGUUUACUACAAAAAAAUAAUACAAUACAUCACAAAAGUAAAAUAAAACAACAUUAAGUUGCAUAAAAAAUCGAAGGUGGAAUGUGCGCAGUAACAAAAGGAGCUUUGGCUUUCGAGUUGGUCACUAUCACGUGUAACUAAGUGGCGUAGACAUUUAAAGAGAGUGUCUCUGUAAGAGCGGUCCGGUUGAUUUUGCUUGAGACACAGAUUUAGCUCAUUUCCUGUGUGUUGUAAGACAUUUAUGUACCUAUACUAAAACCACAAUCCGUUUGAUCGGAUCUCUUUAUUUUUCAGAGUUUUACGGAAAUUAAAUUUCACUCGAGCGAAGGCCUGUCGUGACGCUUUUAAAGACGUUAAUUUGAGGCAACUUUGGCGGACAAUUUUUAAAAAACUACCGGACUCAGCAAAAAACAAAUACCACAGUCAUGUAUAUUAACUCUAUCUUAUCCAUCGAGGCGACUUCCGUGAACAUCACGUUUCAAUCAAGCAAACAGGAAGACUUGAACGACACCUUAUCGGUUCGCUUCAGUCACACACGCGAAAACCGAUCAAAUUCAAGGUAAAUUUUUGAAAAAGUGAGGCGUUCUUAAGUGAUCCAACUAAUACUGCUAGGAAGUAGGUGCCAUAGAAAAGGUAAUUACAGAAAAAAACUUUGCGGCCCGACCUUUACUAAAAUUUUAUAACUCCGUGAACUUACCUAAUUUUCGGCAAUCUCCAAGUUUGGCCGCCAUUUUGAGGGACUUGUCAACAUGAAGCGUAGCAGAUAUAAAUCCAGCAGGUAGAUCGGAAACCGUCAGAAAUACAUACGAAAGCAUUCAAAUGAACUUCACUUUCAAUUCAAGGGGCAAAAUUUGAAAUUUUUCGUUAAACCUACCAUUCCUGCAUCCCCAUGCGACCAUUUCUUCCAUCUAUUCAAACACUACAACUAGUGUUCGAAUUCCCCUCGUCGAUUCCACCGAAAAAAAUAACCUGUGCCACCAAAGCUUCGACUCGAAUGUGAAGUAUGAAUCAAAUAACAUAAAUGCUUCAUCCUCGAGGCCAUAUCACGCUGGCAUUUUGAUUUUCGGAUUGACAAGAACGGUGAUCAGGAAGUGAUCGCCAUGUUUACCUCAUAAACGUGACCGCUGACCAGCCGCUGAGUGAAAAUAGUACGGCGCGGGGUGAGGUGAGUGGCGGGCUUAUCGUCAUAAGAUAUUCGAAUACAUGCUAAAAAAGCUUUAGGACUCUCACUCUAAACAGUGAAGGCAUGCUUCGUGGUACAGACAACUUUUAUUUUAUUCUCGUAACUUUUUACUUUAAAUUAGAACUGGUAUUAAUUGAUAGAUUUACAGCAGUUAUUUAAAUAUUUUUAACCAAGGUACCCAUAUGACCUUUUUGCUUGUCAUCGGAGGUAUAAAAUAAGGUGUCUUUUCUUCCAGAACCUUUUAUUUAUGAACACUAUACUUAGAAUGUUUGUUCUAAAUCAUUUUUGCUGUUCCCAAGAAUGUAUGCAAUAUCAUUGCUUCAUACGAAGCUUACUCUAUAAUAUGAUUUUCCGUAACAGUAAUGUAUCGGUCAAAUCAAAGCUUCAACAUCCCCCCGGGCAACCCCCCGAGCAUUUGACUUUUUUGAAAAUUAUUCUUCAAAUUCCUCCCUACCCGGGCCAAAAUGCCGUUCACUAGGGUCCAUUCAGGUGAUCAAAUGCCCCCACCCCGGGGACAUUUCACAGGCACAAAAAUGACUGAAGGACGGCGGAAAUGCCUUCGAAUUCAGUUGUCGAGCAAAGUCUUUACUACGAACAAAAGUCUCGUGCAAACGGCGGAAGUCGCUGCUACAAGGUCACUGAAUGCUCAGCUUUUCUUCGUCAUGCAACAUACAAAGCGUUCUAUAAAAAAGAUCCCACCUAUUGAGAUUACUACAUCAUGGCCAUUUCACUGACAUGCAUCAUCGCUCCCCUUAUUAAUUAACAUACUUGCAGUAGGUCAAAGUAGCUGAGCUGAGCUUUUUAUUUUAUUUUAUUUUAUUAAUUUUUAUGUUGUUGUAUUGAAUCGCCGGUAUAGGUAUUGUAUUUCAUUGUAAACACAACAAUAAAAUACAUUCAUACAUUCAAAGCCUGAAUCCAAUAUUAAAAAUUUUAAAAUUUAAAUACUUCAAGUACAGCACAAAGCUUUUUUAAGCCCUUUCCUCGUAACCAAUUGGCCAGAAAGGCACAAUCUUUUCCAGGAAAAUCCUCUAACACCGCGUCCCCUAUGAUAGCUCGCCACGCCAAAGAUUUUACAUGAAAUCGAGGGUGCAGUUCAAAUUCCCCAUCCCCUGGAAGACUCUGAUAAUCAAAUUCCCUCCUCCCCAGGACGGCAAAGGUGUCAAAUGCCCGGGGUAUGCCCCGGGGGGCAUGUUGAAGCUUCGAUUUGUCCGAUACAUAACCAAUGUCAUUUACGUAAGGUGUUAAUAAAACUAGCAAUGUACAAUUUUUAGCGUUUUCCACUUAUAAGCCUGACAUACAAUUGUCAAGUGAACUACGUUAGUUUCAGCUCAUUCCUUGAUUUGAUGUGACCUUUUAUCACUAAACCCUAUUCUUUUCAUCUGCAAUUUUCCUGUACACUUUUUUUUCAUACGACAACAACAAAGAGUUUUAUAAGUCAACCGAUUUUUUGGUGUACUGAUCACGCUUAUUACAUUGUAUAUACAAAUACAUGCAAAAGGCCGGCUAAAUAAGCUCCUCCCUAUGCUCCUAAUUUUCUGGUUGCUUUCGCCCCAUGCCUCUGUACGACUCCCUGUUGGCUAAAAGGAACUUUGAAAGACUGCUAUGCAGGACACCUUUUCUUUUUCAUUCUCAGUUACCCUUUACAAUUUUUAUAAGUAUGUAAAGAUAUAAAAAACACAAAGGUUUUUACAUGUAAGUUGUUUUUUUGUGUACCACUCUUAAUAUAUACAUAUACUUUGUUCUGGCAAAAUGGUGGCUAAGAACGGCUGAAUAUAUACCUACUUGGAAAUAAAAUGAUGCUGUUUGGUUUCCUGUUAAAACAUUACGUAAGAGUAACGUGUGUCUGUGCAAACUGUGACAAAACCACGUCACAAAGUCAAACAGAAAAAAUUGUAAUUUUCAUAACCAACUUACAGUCUCUGGAAAAUUUACUGCGAUGAUCAUUCUUCACUUUCAGUCACUUUCAGUCUCUCCACUAUAGACAGCAACAAGGGCCAUUGCGUCGCUACUUGAUGGUGUAAUUAUUUUUCCACUGAGCACAGGCAUUCAUGGGUCAUUUCCUUUAUUUUUGACAGUAGAACAGCUUUGGAAUCUCUAGAUUUAAGCUGGGUUGAAAAAUUCUCAUCCCUUACCCUUUCAGAAGACGACAGUACCAAUGUUAUCAAGAGACAGGGUAGCGAACCUUUCCAGUCGAGUUUAAGUGAAGGAUGGGCACAUCAUAAGCCAAAAGGUUGCGCUGUUGGCUUCUCAGAGAAAGUUAGGCAGUAUCUCACCUCCAAGUUUGAAAUUGGCGAGCAGUCUGUAAGGAAAUUACCAGUAAACGGCAAGUAAAGGGGAAACUUGGUCACGUGGUACAAAUUCACGUUUGCCGUUUGACGUAAACGCGAUGCUUAACAGGUUUCCUAAUAACUAAGUGCGCCACCGUUGCUAUGUUUCUUCUUCUCCUUUACUUCCAGCCUCUCUUUCUUUCUAUUUCAUGUUUCCCUUUGUUGUUGUAAAGCAUUUUUUGGCCGGUUUAUGAUAGCCUGCGAGCAAGCUCUCCUAUUUGGGCGAGUGAAGCGAGUCUCGCGGGAACGCGCGACUCACUUCGCUUACCCAGAUAGGAGAGCUUGCUCGCAGGCUAGGUUUAUGAUAAUUUGAAUCUUUUCUAAUAACGGUUCUGUUUAAUAUUUUUAAGAACUCAUUUUGAUCAGCUAUCAAACCAUGAUCCUUUACGUAAUCUUCAUUUUUUUCAACCAGCAUUUUUGCAUUAGAGAGGCUUAGGUCACUCGCUUCUUUCCAUAACGUAGCUCUUACAGCGCCUUCAAUCGGAAGGUUUGUAAAUGAAGAUUCUACAUGGAAAGAUACCAUCAAUGUCGACAAUGCUUUGGAUCGAAACACACCAACCUUGAGCGAGGUUUGUGAUACACCUAUCACUAUAACAACCACGGUGGUACAAAAAGUUCGACUCAGUAUAUCCACACUAUCGCCUGAUGAAGACCUGCAGCGCGGUCGAAACGCUGCGAUCAAUAUCAAAGUGACAAUCGGGAGACAAACGAUAAAACUAAACCCUUUAUUACUAUUGUUCUUCUCAUAUUGGAACAAAUAGCCUGGUUUCCGGAAGAAAAAAGUUUGUUAUCUUUGUAAGCCUUCCUGACAUUUCGAUCUUUUGCUCGAAAUUAUUCAAAGCUUCUCAAACGCUUUUUAUCGAAAUUGUUCCAUCGCUUGUACUUUGGAUGUCUGCGUUUGUUGUCUACUCAACAAGAGAAUUGUGCCAGCGAAGCAUUUCUGAUAGCCUGGUGCCGUACGUGUAUGCAUUACAUCUAGGCAAAUCCCAUGAUGAAUCCUCUCGUUUUCAGUUUCAGAAUGCGAAUUUUAAGAGACGUUUUGAAGGCAUUAUGCAGAAAUAGACGACAGAACAUGGAAAUAAGGGUUGUUCAGCAAAAGAGACUGGGAAAUGGUUUGGAAGGUUCUUUUACUCCCAACAAGCAUCAGAACGGUUGACCAACUAUUCAAUCGACUUCUGGCCCUAAUUAAGAAAUAAAGUGAAAAACAGAUGUUCAUGCAGAAAAUAUAAACGGAAUAUAAUAUAGUUCAAAGACCAUAAAGGCUUAAUAUUAACCAUUGUUAAGUGCCUUUAUGAAUACUUUGGGUGUUUUCUGACGUGCUGUUAUCAUAUUUGACAUAUCAGCCCAACCGAUUUGCAUGUUGUGUUAGGUUAGAUCGAAUUCUUACAUUUCGCAAAUUACUGGUUAAACUUUCAAUGUUUAUGUUUAUGUUAUCGAAUGUUGCAUUUUGGUUAUGUAAUCCACAUCUAGAUGUCUUUAAAUGAGCUUCAUCUACUUUAACAGCAAAGAAGUGACACAUAAAAAAGUAAAGGUUGCAAAACCUGGAGAAAAGGUCAGAACAGAAACAACAGAACGGACUUGAAAGUACCUUCCAGCCAGCCCCUUCUCUUGCUUCCAGUUGAAUUUUUAGAUCAUAAACCUGCGUGCAGUACCAGUUUAUAACAUAAGCGCACCUCCACGCGCGCGCUAGCGGAGCCCCAUAGCUAAGAAAAUUUGUCAUCUAUCCAGCCCAGAAUUUCCCGUCCGUCCGUGCGCCUGUCCGUCCACACCACAGGGUAUCCAAAGGGAAAUGUCACACUUUCUUGCUGGAUUGCGAGCUUGCAACCUGAUAUUGCACAUCCAAGCUGUGGUCAGUCGGUAGCUGUCAAAACAGGGUAUCGCUAACCAGUUUCACAUGAUCGCAUCGUAGGCUCAGGUGUCGACCCAUAGAAGUUGGGUUAACACUCUUUUCCAUACUGCAGAAUGACAAUCAUAUUAGGGAACUUAAGAUGGAAACUUUUUUAUGGACGACGGCGACCGGACUGGCAGAGAAAACCUGGAACUAAGGCAGCCGUCGCUUCCCGUCUAAAAUCGAACAUUAAGAUCGCAGUGAACUCAGAAGGACUGCGCCUUUAAUUAGAAGAAUACCGAAGAGGAAAAUAUGGCUUCACAUAAAGGAUUAAGAGAAUAAAUAUUUGCUAUGCAGACAACAUGUAUCGGAUGAAGAGUUUCUCGUUUUGUGGGAAAUGGGCGCGAUCCAUUCAACCAAAAUUUUUAACCGGUCCGACCGGGAAAAGUGGUCCACCUCAAAAGGUGGACCCGUUUUCUCGAAACUUUUCCGGUUGGACCGAACCGAUCCAUUGAGUUUUGGGCCGAAAUUUCCGGAAAUUUUGGUUGAAUGGAUCGCGCCAUAGUAUGACUCCAAAAAUCCCGAUUUUCCUCGGGACAGUUACGAUCCGUUCGCGCUAAAAAAACAUGCAGGAUGCAGCUGAGUUCAAGGCAGAAUUUUGUGUUGAAAAAAAAAGAUCUCGACAGGCUUGCCGAAGCCUUGCAAAUUCCAGGAACAUUAAAAUGCUACCAAGGAACCGUAUUCUUAGUUUGGUAUUGAAAUAAUUCCCCGGAAAUACUUGCAUGCAACAACAACAACAACGGCAACAACUUUAUUUCAGUAUUCCCACGUUAGUACAUGGCAUGACCUACUAUUCUAUAUAAUUUUCAAUGCGUUUCAUUUAUACGAUAUUCUAACGAAAAGAGCGAACUAAAAACACACAAUUAAAAUAUCGGAGUUCAUAUUUUUUGUCUGGAUACUUUUACUUGGCUCGUGGGAAAAUUUUGUCCAUGUCAAGCUCACUUACGGAUGGCUGUUUGCCAAGUUGGAUCCUGACUCUGUGACAUGAAAACAUAGAAACAUUCAAAGAUGUAAGUUUAGAUAACAGAGCUUGGAAAUUGAGCUUGAAAUGUUCCUCAAAGAAAACAAGGACAAUUUAAGAACGAUAAUCUGCAAAAUUUUGGUUGCUAAACUCGACAAACCUGAUUGAAAUGAAAGUUAAAUACUCACGUUUUCGCCACAACGCCAAACAGACCAGUUUCACGUCGCCGACGGGACCACGACGGCAAGGUGGUGAGCACGAACAUGCGGAAUAUCCAACAAAUGAUGAUGUCACGUCCGGUUGAAGUUGCCGUCGCCCCGAAAACGUCUCUAUCUUAAGUUCCCUAUCAUGAUUCAUUCAUCUAUAAUUACGGUUAAGCCCUGAGAAUGGUGAUUAGGGUUAAGCGCUUAUCAAUACUAAUUAGGGUUUAGCCCUGACUGACUGAAAAACGGUUAGCUACUUAGCUUCUAUUUAGGGUUAGGGUUGUUGCUAUGUUCCAUAUCGAAUCCUGCUCGUUUCAUCCUCGAAUUUUGUUUCCUUAAUAAUUGUAUUGACUUAGACUCUCAUGAACAUUUUACUGAGCAGAAUAUUCAAGAGACAGAAAUUUCGUGUACAAGAAAAGUGAGAUGUGUUGUGAGAGCUACCGAGAGGAAAUUGUCAUUCUGGAGUAUGCAAAUGAGUGCUAAACUCAAGACUGCGUAUUUUUUUUCAAGUUACCUCAUGAAAAGUUACUAGUUUUCAUUUGAUCGCAGGCUCAAUUCACAGUGGAUUUCUUUGCAAUGGUUACAAGGUUAUUGUCUCAAGUAAAUUCUCAAUUUAUCAACGGGCGCCUUACAUGUACCAGGUGAUGUACAAAAUGAAAAGUAAUUUUCCAUUCUCUUAGUGUGAAUUUCUCAAUUAUAUAAAUUUAAUAAGUCUAUAUUUGAGCUUCACUAUUACCUCUUUUAAAAGCCACCAGAAGAUAUGACAGUUGAACAUGUAUAGACUGACAUUUUGACGUUUGUUUUGAGGUUCGGACGCUGAUGUCUAACUUCGAACAUGAUUGACAUUUGGACAUUUAGAGCCUAUUUUGCAAGCAUUUCAGCUGUUAUGACACUAUGGGUUAGCCGAGUCUGACAACACCAGAUACCAAGACAAAACAUUUUUCGUGAAUCUGUUUUUUUUUUCUACUUUUGAUAAAGAACAGUAUAGUCAGAAGUAAGCGAAUGUUGAUCGACGCUGCUAUAAAGAGGGCCUUAAACUAAGGUAACUAACCAUGUUUAAAGGUUAAAGUCCAGAGAGAGCGAACCUUCUGCUUCACAAAGUCGCGAAAUUUUACGUACUAACAUCUGUAUUGUGGAGGAAACGAACUAAUGACUGCCACCAUACAAAAUUCGGUGACCUUGCAGAGCUAUAUCUUUGUUAAAUUUCAACAAAUUCCUUUUAAACUUGGCAGCAUUUUAAUAGAAGAAUCAGCGAUGUAAACGAAACUUGACGUUUGAUGGCUUCCUCUCAUCAUUGCCAAAAGAUAAAAAAUAAAAGGGUUCGUGGAAAUGUAUACAUGCAUGAAAAAAAGAGCGAAAAAUGCAUGUAAAAUUUAAGGGUGAAAAUGGAUAAAGAGUUUCGCCCGUAUGGAAUCCGCUCGAGUGUUUAGGGUGUGUGGUGUUAAAGUUGGCAACGUUCCGGUUUUAAGGCGUUCUUUUUAGCUGUGUUGGUGGAUUUUUUCUAAAUGAUCUCAGAAAGGGUCUAUUUAUCAUCAAUAAUGCCCAGAGAUAAAUAGAAAAUUUUUCUUGAUGCUGUCGUAAAUUAAAGAAAUUUCAGUUCUUCUGAGUUUUUUUGUUUCUUUAUAAUGUUUGAAAUUCAGUAUCUUUCCGGCAAUAUCUGUGAUCUUCAAGGUGACCUAAAGUCUUCUAAUAAUAUUUUUGGAAAUUCGUUUUGUCGACUUUUGAUCGUCCGAAGAAAUGCAAUUUUGUUUGAAACCUUAACGUUCUGAAACUUUCCCCAAAAACCUGUGAAUUUUACUAAUAUUGCAGCAUCGUAUGUUUCUCUUGUUCUGAACGUGAUAUAGGCGGUCUUUCAAGCGUAUUUGUUAAUUAUCUUUCUCUUAUAUUUACGUCUGAUUGAUUGCGUAAUUUCUAAAAUACAAAUAAUAAAAGCUGAUUAGCAUGUCUGUUACCAAAUAUGACGCCAUCUUUUCCCACGUAGCCUGAUUUUAUUUUGAAACAGAAAAUAUUGCACUUUAAUUCUCUGUAGUCACGUUCAGCGUAUAGCAUAGAAAUUAAACAAGCGAUUCUUAGUAACAGAAUCACAUUUGGAGAUUAAAUGGAAACAAGCUGAUUUCCGAUCUGUGAUUCCAAUGUUAACCCUGAACAAACAAAAAAAGGAGUAAUCAGGAUUUUAUUAAAAUUCUUUUUAUGAAAUUUUCAUCUAAUUCUAGAAACGACUUCACAUUACACCGUGAGGGCACCCUUAUAUACAGCGAAAUCAAUAGAACUGUCAGCCCCUCAGUUUAAGGAUUUGAAACAAUCUAUACUUGCAUCAACUUAUGUUGAAUAAGUCUGUUAUUGCUGUGACGCUCCGGGAAGCAACUGUGUCAAUAAAGGGACUUCCGAACGAACUAGCGUGUACGAUUUCUUGACACAAACGUACCUGUAUCUUAGCGCAUUUUCAUCUAUCUGCUGCCAUCAAGAGGUAUUGGCCGAUAUAACAGCUUUUCUUCUGCUCAUGAAAGGGUUUACUUUAGAUAAAACUAGGAAAAAGUGUGGUGUUAAGGUAAGGAAGACACACAAAAUUUUCUGUUUUAAUCACGCUUAGCUUCUAUAAAAGGUUAGAAUAAAUAUAAAUAGGUCACCUUAGCGAGGUGAGAAAAUGGUAGUUUCGGUUGAUAAGAUCUUCUCAUAUUAGCAAAAAUAGCCUAGUUUCAGGAAAAAAAGUUUGUUUGUUGUACUUUAAGGCCUUUGUACAUUUCGCUCUUUUGCUCGAAAUUAUUCAGAGCUUCUUAAUCUUUUUUACCGAUUCUUUCUUCACAAUCUCAUGCUUCAUAGGCCGGGCAGUUAGUUUAAUGUCUCAAUUUAAGUCAGAAAAACCUGUUAUUGCAGUGCAGUCACACUGUUCCGCUUAUCGCUGUUUCUAUGUCAGGCGCGCGAAGAACCAACCUUAUCAGGAGCCAUUAAUGUUACUGAAGUACUAACACCCGCGUAUAAGAACCUACUUCAGUCUUAAGUCUGGCAAAAUAGUUUUUGUUGUAUUCUGGGGCACUUAUUUAAUUAGGUUCUUAUUUUCUAUGAAGGAGAUAUGAUAGUUGUUGACUAUAAGAAAAUGAAAGAGAUUUGAGUUUUGUCCUUAAAUAUCAGAGGCUCCCAACGUCAAUUUUCGGAAAAUAUCUGUUCGGAAGACGGUAUGAGAUCUAGAAUUUUCGGAACAUUUGUUGUAAAAUUUCUUGCUUGCCUGCCUCUACAAUGAUUUUCCAACAUCUUAAAAAUGGUAUAAUUGCCCAUUUUAACAGAUUUUUACCCUAAAAAGGUCACUUAGAAUUUCGUUAGCCUUUUUUUCGGAUCACAAGACUUUCAGGUAGGAAAUGCGAGCAGAUAAAAAACUUUAAGGGAUAAAAAUAUGCCUAUAUCUACCGUUUAAAUACUAAAAUACGUUUAACAGUGCUAUGUUUAAGUGGUUUUGAGCUAUAUUCUCGUUGGGUGCCCCUGAAAUAUACAAUAUUCAUUCACAAACUGUGCACGACCUCCUUUAUGCGAGGCCCAUGAAGACAAGGCAUCGAUUAGGCUUCUUGGAAAAAUUUUUUCCAAUACUUAUAUGGUUAAAAAAUGUAUACCAAUUUAAAAUAUAAGAAAUGAAAUAUCCACAAAAAAAAAUAAUAAGCCAAGUUUGGAUUUUUUUUUUUUUACUUUAUUAUUAUUCGGCUAUUAUAACAGUGUUGUUAGGGUGAGCACAAAAGUUCGAUGGGUAAUAUAUCAGUUAAGCAAUAGAAAACGUUUCCCGUGUCUUCAUAGCCUGAUAUAAACUCGAGAGGGGUUGGGAGAAUUCUCGACAGUUAUGCAAACCCUCGACUUCGUCUCUGGUUUGCAUAACUGUCAAGAAUUCUCCCAACGCCUCGAGUGUUUCUAUCAGGCUACGCAAACACAGCAAUAAAGUUUUCUAUUGCUUUUAUGAAAUAACUUUCCCGAAACAAAACGCAAAACUCUUUGCAUGGCUCUGAUUAAAAGAGAAAUUCUUACCAGUUGCAAAGUCUUGUCUACGAAGUCUUGCACGCGUAAUUAGUUCUUGUUUUGCAAAAAGAUGCUUUCCAGAAUACGGACUUUUCUCGCUUAAAAUGUCAGCUUAAUUGAAAAAAAAGUGACACAUUUUCUUUGAGACGAUUUUCCAAGUUUCAGCCGACGAAGGAAUGGGUAAAUAAAGUAAACUUGUCGAGUUUUGAACUCGAAAACUUUUUCAAAUUCGUGCUCGCGUGACUAGCGCGCGAAAAGCAAAACAUCUUGACCAGGGCGGAUAAAGGUUACAUUUAUCCGCCCUGAUCUUGACGCCACAACCAUGUUUACAUUCUCUCAUACAAACACUCCUAUCGACCAAUCAGAGCGCGCGUACUAUUUUAGCUAUUUUAUAAAGACCUGUUUACAUGGAGGUGGGGGACCCCAAGCAGGUGAAGUAAAAUAUGGCGGGCCACCCCACCUAUCAUGUAAACGUGAUCAAAUUAAAAUGGGAGAUUAUAUGGACAAACGGGCUACUUCACCUAAGCGGGUUACCUCACCUACCUGGGGACCCCACCUCCAUGUAAAGAGGCCCUAAAUUGUAAUGGUACAUAGUUGCGUGCAAUAUGCCUUGCUGAUAUCCGCUCUAUAAAAAGACAAUUAUUUACGCUUACAAUUGUUGAGCUUUAAAAUGGCAAGUACACUGCGUUUAAGGGCCUGUUUACAUGGAGGUGGGGGAGCCCAAGCAGGUGAGGUUAGAUGAGGCGGGUCACCCCACCUAUUAUGAAAACGCGAUCAAAUUAGAAUGAGAGAUAAUAUGAACAGGCGGGUUACACCACUAAGCGGGUUACCUCACCCACCUGAGGUCCCCCACCUCCAUGUAAACAGGCCCUAAAAGACCCGGAUACUUGAUAAUGCGUUCGGUAGAGCUCAAUGACCUAUUUUAAAGGCAGCGAUCAUCAGCAAUGAGGCCAUCAUAUAAACCGGAACAGAGAAGGCGGUAAGAUUGGUUUUGCGCUCAGACCUUUUUUAGGUUUCAUAGCUGACAUUUUUUUUUUUUAUGAACUAAAAGUUGCAUGGAAUCAUCAUCAUAGUUUGUAUUACAUUAGGGAUUAUAAGAUCCAACGACGUAACGACAUCGAGAACGUGGCCUAAAAAAAGUGAAUUUGCGUUCGUUCAGUCUUUAUCGCAACUAUUCCUACCUACUUACUUUGUCAAAUGAAGGAGAACCCUCCUGGAGUUAAAUUCCUAGGGACAAUAUCCAAGUUCAGAACGAGAAAUUAAAUUUCGUCGUUGCUUGUUUACGUUCUCCAUAAAACGCGAAAUUAGGCAUUUUCACGUCGUAGUCGUGCAAAAACGGGAAAAGAAAUGUACACAAAAGUGUGAUGCACGUGCAUGGUUGUUGUUUUGCUCAUAAAACCUAUAGGUUUUCGACGUUCUCGUUGCCGCCCGCGUUGUUGGCUCUUAAAGUCCAUGUUAUCACAGACUGACAAAAGUGGAAUUAACUAUAUAAUAGCACCCCUCCUGCCUUUUGUCGAAAAGAAGCGAGUAGAAACAGGUAGAUUUGUUGCUCGCAAAGUAGCAACAAAUGGGGAUGCCGGAGGUGACAAGGGGUGCUCUCCACUCAACAAAAAUUACGGUUUGAAAUUUCGGAAAUUUCACGUGCCCAAUGGAACGGUACAUUCAGGUUGCAAAGACCUUACCCAAGCCUUCGCUUUUAGUUACUGUUCUUGUAAGUAGGAUACAAAAGUGCGGUACUGGGGGUAACAGUUUUUUGUCAAAUGGAAAGGGACAUUUCGGUCCGACCAACCGAAAUGACCAGACCGGUCAAAUUGGACCACCUUCAAAGCUGGUCCCGAAUAUUCCGGUCGGACCAAACCGAAAUGGUCCGUUCCAUUUUAUGUGCCAAACAGAUUCAGUUUUUGUGAUAUCCUAAAUAAUCAAGGUCUCGGUACGUGUACGUCUCGGCUGAUAACACUUAUCUCGACCUUGAUCAUUCCGGAUAUCACAAAAGCUUCAUCAAAUAAUUGUUUAUUAGACCGAAAUUCAUUACUACAGCCUGUAAAAAUCCUAUAAAUAUGGUUAUUUGUUUGCAAUUUUUGUUGCGGAAUGAAUGGAAGCUUUCAGCAAGUUUUGACUAGUUAAGGAGACGAAGUAGACCUAACGAAAAUAUUCAUUUAUUUCUCUGAUUUUUAGGUAUAGUUACCCUCCCUUGUUUUAUAUAAGAAUGUUGUUCUUUCGGGCCAAAGUAAAUAUUCCUAUUUUCUGCCGAUUUUCGCCUGAAAAUAUUCUUAUAUUAUACUUGAAUUAUAAUAAAAAAGAAAGAAUUUAUCAUAUCCUUUUAGCGGUUGUCUAUAUUUUUUUCCCUGUAUACUACAGACAUAUAUUUCAUGUACAGUUCAUCGAACUGUCAUUAGCACGGAACAUUUGGCUAUAACCAAUGCAGGUUUCUGCGUUUUGUUGGGUAUUUUUGCCGUGGAAGGAAGCAAUAAUUUGGUACGGCUAAGCAUAGUUAUUAGAGGAGACUGGUUAUGAAAAGCGGCAAACAUCAAUGAUAAAAACAACAGUGCUGCAGUUUAUGUUCAAAGCACCGUGAAAGUGCACAAUCCUUUGUUUUCUGUUGGCAAAUUGUUACGGAAUAAAUUAAUGCAACGUUUUUAUUGGUCAAUACAAUCAAAAUGAUAGGAAUUCUUUUGAACGUUGUGCACUUUCAGGUCCACAAAAACAUAUAACAAAGGAGUCUGACGGGUUUCAUAACCAUUCCACUCAAUUAACUAUGGGCUAAGUUAAUAACAUAUUUUUCAGAUUUUCAUCACUCAAAAUAAUCCUCCUUUUUCGGGUUUAUUCUUAAAAUAUUCUUAAAAUUUUGAAAGUUUCAGCCUCAUUAUUCUUAUAAAAUAGAUUCUUUUAGGAAAAAAAGAAAGAGUGUAUAACCCUUACGAUACUGUUUUCCUCACAGAUCACAGAAAGAGCCAAGAGAUGUUUUCUUCGACUGUUAUUGCCUGCUUAAUUGUCAUCUAUACAUUGGAGGCAUUCGUUAUCAUUGUUGGAAACACGUUCACAAUAAUUGUCUUCUGGACCCAGCGAUCCCAAUUGAAGCGAACAUAUUCCAUUCUUAUUAACCUCGCAGUUUCUGAUCUGCUUGUGGGAAUUGCCGAACCAAUUGUGCUGGGCACAGAGAAGAUUGCUAAGAUGACGGCCAUUCCAGGUAAAGAGAAAAGUUUUACAAAUCCAACAUCUGCACUUCAAGUUCUUGCGUCGAGUACUUCAGUGCUUUUUCUCGCGCUUAUUUCCUUGGAACGUGUUUAUUCCGUUUUGUGGCCUGUUCAUCACCGCACGACUAGCACUCGGUCUUACAUUUUCGUCAUAACCGCUGUCUGGGGUCUUGGAUUCUGCUUCUUUGGGCUGUCUGUAUUAUCCUUAUAUCAUACCAAAUUAGAGAGGAAAUACGUUAUUCUAACCAUUCAUGCGUGCCUUUUCAUAGCACUAUUAGCGAUUUGUGGAAGCUACCUUCAAAUACGUAGAAAAUGGCGCUCAAACGUCAUUCCUGGUGAAGAGAUCCACGCUCGCCAGACAGCUGAACGCAACUUACGACUGUCAAGAACAGUUUUCAUAGUUAUCGCUGUGUCACUGGUGUUUUGGUUGCCAGCGACUAUUGUGUACACUGCCAGACCAUUUUGCCGCCCACCAUGUGUUGGACCGAUUGCAGUGUCGCUUGUAAAUGUUCUUCAUCUGGCAAAUUCUAUGGUCAAUCCGAUCGUCUACAGCUUUAGAAUGGGAAUAUUCAAGGAUACUUUGAAGAAAUUCUCGAGAAGAUGCCGACGA